GUAUAUAGUCUGAAAGCAUGUUGUUUUCUGUCGCGUUACGCCAUUUGUAAGUUCAAACAGAAUUAGCCGCAGAAGCAGUCGCUGUUACUGUCGGCCGAACGUCGCACCCAAACCCAAACAAAGUGAAAACUGAUUUACUCCGCUUCACAAUGACACCAUUCGAUGAUUUUGUUUAUUUAAUUAAUCAUGUGCUACUAGGCGAAGAGCCGACCAUUGAGGACUUCAUAUUGCUUGUGGGUACAUUAGUAGCAUUCAUAGCUUUCAUACUCUGGUGCUGCUUUCCCAUUCAGCCAAAGGAGCCGGGACCUCAUCGCCAGUUCACAUGCAAAAUCAUACAGAAUCCAAUAAAAGCUUUUGAUGCGGCCACCAGCACCGACGACAACAAUGCUGCCAAUGCAGCACCAUUCCCUUCACCGUAUAGCACUGGAGCCAAAAGCGGCCUCGGUGCAAAAGGCAAUACCGGCGCCGAUGCCGGCCUGACCAGCAGCAUGUACAACGGAAGCAACGGCAGCUAUAGCAAGAACGGCACUGUAGCCAUGCACAAUUAUUACGUUAAAAACGGACACCAUUGCUGCACCUAGUGGCCAGCCUAAAGUUGGCAUUCACGAUUUCGCAGACCUGAGGCUGGGAGAUGCUGCUUAUUAGCUUAGCGUUCUGUUACCUAAUCAGUUCUUUGUAUGCACAAUGAUCAGUGCAUCACCGUCGUCGUUAUAGGAAUAAUGCCUGUGAAUAUUGAUUGUAAUUUGUGCCAAUUGGUUCGACAGGUUGUUAGGAAGCAGCUUUAAGCUGCCGGUUCGCAUUCGCAAGCACAUUUGAAUUGUAAUUGCUCAGACUGAUUUGUUUAAAAAAACAGGACAAGACAAGGAAAGGCAGACGGCAUGCAAACCACCUUGCAUGCCCUGCCUAUGGUAGGGAAGAUUGGCAAAUGUUACAUAUGUGGCAAGUUUCUAAAACUUCCUUGAUAUCUAUAUAUAUAUAUAUGUGUAUAUGUGUAUAUGUGUAUAUGUACAUGUGUUGCAUUUGUGGAAAUACCAAAUUAAUAUACAUAUGUGUGUAUAUGAAAUCCAAGUAUCUAGUUCUAAGUAUUUGUGUAUUAUACAACAAACAAGCAUAUAUUGUGACCACGUUCGCUUAGCCCAACCCCAAAUCUCCAAGACAUUUGCCAACCCAAAGUGGAAAGCAACAAAAUUCUUAAAAUAAAUUACCAUUUUGUUUCGCUGAAGGAAGAACACAGAAGCCCCUUCUAGCGGGAAACACCUAUAUAAAUAAAUAUAUAAAUAUCUUUAAGAUGGAUUAUAUGAACACCACACCCGGAAACCUUACAAAAUAUCUAGCAUUAAAUAUUUCCCCGAAAUCGCGUUUAUUUCCUCUGUAUUUCCAUGUAUAUAUGUACAUGCAUUCGAAUUCGUAUUUGUGUUUAUGUACACAUAAGUAUGGCCUAUCUUUGUAAACCGCAAAAUAUUUGAUCUCAUUUAUAUACUUAUUUAUUUGUGAUUUGUGAUGUAACUGUUAGAAAAUUCCAACGCCCCUCUACCACGAGGGGGGGCUGUAAAUCCCUAGAUCCCUCUAACAAGAAACGAAUACGAAAACCUA